AUGUCUAUGAUAUUGGUGCUUAUUGGAGUAUUGUUAUCUUCCACUGCAGUAGAAUUUACUGGUGCACAAUCCGUAGGUGUUUGUUACGGAGGAAAUGGAAAUAAUCUCCCAACAAAGCAAGCAGUGAUAGAUUUAUACAAAUCAAAUGGAAUUGGCAAAAUCCGCUUAUACUAUCCAGAUGAUGCAGCACUUCAAGCCCUGAAAAAUUCAAACAUAGAGGUUAUCCUCGGCGUCCCGAACGACGUUCUUAAAUCACUCACAAGCGCUCAAGGUGCCACGGAUUGGGUUAACAAAAACGUUAAACCGUAUUAUCCAAGUGUCAAAGUCAAAUACAUUGCGGUCGGGAAUGAAAUUCACGCGGAUUCGCCUGAAGCAAGUUCAGUUCUCCCCGCUUUGCAAAACAUUCAAAACGCGAUAUCUUCGUCCAAUUUAGGCCAAAUUAAAGUGUCUACCGCGAUAGACACAACUCUAAUUGGAAAAUCUUAUCCACCAAACGACGGCGCUUUUAGCGACGGUUCAGUUGGUUACAUAAGGCCUAUUGUUAACUUUUUAGCUAGCCAGGGUUCACCCCUUCUUGCUAAUGUCUACCCUUAUUUCUCAUACGUUAAUAACCAACAAAGCAUUGGUCUUGACUAUGCUUUGUUUACAAAGCAAGGGAAAAAUGAAGUUGGGUACCAAAAUUUGUUUGAUGCAAUUUUGGAUUCAAUUUAUGCUGCUCUUGAAAAAGUAGGAGGUUCUAAUGUGAAGAUUGUUGUGUCUGAAAGUGGGUGGCCAUCUGAAGGUGGAACUGGAGCUAGUGCUGCAAAUGCUGGGACAUAUUAUGGGAAUUUGAUUAAGCAUGCUAAGGGUGGGACUCCUAAGAGGCCUAAUGGACCUAUUGAGACUUAUCUUUUUGCUAUGUUUGAUGAAAAUCAGAAGACAGGUCCUGAAAUUGAGAGACACUUUGGACUCUUUAGGCCUGAUAAAUCACCUAAGUAUCAACUUAGUUUCAAUUGA